UGAUAGUCAUAGUCAUAGUCAGACUUUAUACGGCUCUGUUUCACUGAAGCGAGCGAUAAUUCAUUGCCUCGUGUUCUACUCGCCUCGGCAUUCGGCACGAUUUUUAAAAUAUAUUAUUUAUUUUUCCUCAUUCAAAUCUAUACACAAGUACCUAAAAUGUGAAACUUCAACACUAAUUUUGUCAUCACAAAUUUUGAAAAAAAUUUGAAACUUUUUUUUGGGAAAACAAAAAGUAAAAAAUGGUUUUUGAUCCAGUUACUAGUGAACAGAGAAAACAAUUUUAUAGACAAGGAUAUGGGGCUCACGUACCUGGAUACACUGGACACUGUCCCACCUUGAAAUUUCGAGUAGGAAAGCGAUUCGGCGCUAGUACAGAGGAAAUAAUGAAGGAAUUGUUGGAGAAAAAAAUUCUCAAGACUGGGCCAUACAGACCCAAUUCAGGAAAAGACGUACUACUGCCAAUAGCACGUGAACGUGACAUAAGAAGAGACUGGAAGAACAACGCGCAUAUGUAUAAAACACCCCCAUUUAUAUUGGGCUACACGGGUUACAUUCCAGGAUUUAAUAACAUUUAUGGUCUUCCAUUCAUGCGCGCUGUUGAAGAGGGUGGGAAAGAGUGGCGGGAAGUGCAAAAUAAAUUACGCGCUCGACGUGACGCAAUGCGCGCCCAUGUUGAGAGGACAAAUCCACGUAAUUUAUUGUCACGAGCAAGAACUGAUAAUGUUGAUGUUGAAAUUGAUCAUGGGUUCGAUCGUGAUAAAUCAUUUUUUGACAAUCAAGUGACAGCAGACAGGCCACCGAUUGUCGGGUACACUGGACACAUUCCCGGGGCUAAAAGUGAAAUAUCUUUGUCGAGAAGGUACGCGCAGGCUGCGAGAAAAGGCCUGCAAUCGCUGCACGAGCAACGAAAAAAUCGACUAGACUCAAUUAAUGACUCGGAAACUAUACAAAGAGUUUUAGACACAAAUUAUCUUGACGAUACUGGUCACACUAGAGCAUAAAAAAAUUAAUAAGUCUGAAGUUAGCAGACAAUUAAAAAUUUUUGA